CGCACAUCACGGCUGUUGCCAACCACACUCUACUCGUCCUUACUGCGCUACUUGACCACAUAUGUCGGCGAGGCAGUUGAAUCGACUCGCCAAGGCUAAAGGCCUCGACCCUCUCCUAGGCGGUGGUCUCAACGAGGAAUCUGAAGAGUCUGAUGGGUGCUCAGACUCGGAGGAGGAGGAGGGCGAGCUUUCCAGAGGGGGUGUGGUGUCCGCAUCGGCGUUCGGAGAAUAUUCUUCGGAAUCCAGCAGCAGCAGCUCAGAAGAAGAGGAUGGUAGCGAUAGUGACAACAGCAGUGACAGCGGCGGGGGAGCCGGCGAUAGUACGCCCUUCCCCACAAAGCUCUCCACACCAGAGGAGGGGGGCAGAAAGCAAACAGCGCCGGACGUCGAAGAUGACGACGACGAGUAUUUGGACAACAUCAUCUCAGAGCUUGCUCGUAAGGCGGCCGCUGCGGAGGCAGGGGAAGGAAACCCCACCGAUAAUCUCAAACUCGGCGCUUCGUCGCCGCUGGCGCUCCUGCUCCGAUGCGAUCCCCGCUGUCUUAAGCUCGACCAAGAGCUCCGUCGAAAGUUCGGCGGCGGCGACAGAGAAAACGGCGGUGCGGGAGGUGGAGGCGGCGGCGGGGGGG